AUGGGUUCCGAAAUGAUGAAGGUGUCGGUACUCCCAACCGAUGAUGACUUGUGGAUCUACGAUGAUACCACCCAGCAGACGAUCUACCAAGGGUUUGCCAAGAUGACCCUUGGGUCAGUUAUUGAGGUGGGUUGGGAGACUCGUUGUAUCACAGAUAUGCCUGUUGAGAUUGUUUUUCCUCUACCUUUGUACGCUACCAGUAUACCAUUCCCUCUCAUUCCACCUGUGGCCGCCCCUGCUCCUAUGGACACUGAUAUUCCUGUUCCCUUACCUAUCCUGAAUAGUACCCCCGAUUCUCAUGUACCUCGACCCUCUUCCUCUCCUCCCGUUGAGCCUGAGUGUGUGGACAUUCAGGUGAUUGAGUCAUCUAUUAGACCUCGCCCUUCUUCUUCACCUCGCCGUCUGUCAGCCAUUGAUGAGGCCGGACCCUCACAUCGUAGUCCUUCACUACCCCUAUCCUCCCCAUACUCCCAUAUACCUCCACCUACUCCCGGCUGGCUGGAAGAUGUAGACGAGGACCUGCCCAGUUUGCCUUCCAACCCGGACGCUACCCUCUCUACUUCGCCUGACUCUGAUCCCUCAGAGGAGUAUACUCCUCUGGAUUGA